AUGGAGUGGCAUUUCGUGAUUCCACAAGCAAGAGCGGAGUUGUUGCAAUCGGACAAAAAUCAUUACUGCGUCGGUCGAGUGCUUGAUGCUGCUCAAGUUCCAAAUGCGCUGAAGGAUUCCCGGGCAAUACUUAACGAUCCGUUCGCUAUAUUCGAUCACUUUGAUACAUUCUACUCUGUGAUCGACAAUCAACAAACGCUGGGUGGGACGUGCUUAUUGAAGGCGUACGACCAGCUCUAUGGCGCCAUAGAUAAAUUAGGCAAUGCAUUGGCAGAUUUGUUGUCUCGGAAAGAGAUCAAUGCUGCCGAUCGGCUAUCUGGGCUUAAUGCUGUGAAGAUGGUCGUCUUUCUCAUGAACGGUAUGGUGAAGGCGAUCGACGCACACGUCACAUCUUCAAUCGAGAAAAUGGCUAUUAAAAAAGGCAGAAAGCAGACCAACGAACAGGUCGAAGCUCUCGAUUGGGACAGCAAACGGUACCAGUGUAUCGUGCAGUUGUACAAUUUAAUGCAUCUACCGCUAGAAAAACUGUGGGAUCCCCCGGUUUGCGACGAGUCCUUCGUAGAUGUCAUAUGUGAUGUGUGCUAUCGUACACUGGAGCAAUCGUACGUCCAAAGUCGCGGAACGGCUGAUAGCGUUUUCCAAAUUCUGGGUACCGCCAUCAAGCGCUACAAUCAUUCACUGUCGUUCCCCGUUCGAAUUCUGCAGAUACUAGAGCACGUUGAAAUGGCAAUACCCUCGAUUGCCGCCGGUGUUCUGCUUUUGUACGAGCAGUUCGGCAUCACAACUAUCUAUCCUAUCAUCAUCAAGGAGAUCAUAGAACGAUUAAGCGUAGAUUCGGCGGACGUGCAAAUAUCGCGUUUUUUCAGCUUGUUCCUGGUAGAGCUUGGCACACUCGCUCCAAAGCUGAUGAUUCCGCAUCUAUCGACGCUGAGCGAAGAGCUGUUGAAUCUGGAAUCGUAUACACUGCGAAAUUGCGUGCUGCAAAUUAUGAGCGAAGCGAUUGUGAGCGAACUAACGUCGGAGGAUCUAUCGGAUGAACUGAAGGAAACGCGGGACGAAUUUCUGGAUGAUCUGCUCAACCACAUGAUGGACAUAUCUGCGCAUGUGCGGUCACGAGUCUUGCAAAUUUGGGUAAACCUGAAGGAGCACAAUGCAGUGCCGCUUGCAUGGAUACACAAGGUUCUUCAGGUGGCCGUAGAACGGCUCGAAGAUAAGGCGUUGCUUGUGCGUAAGCAAGCCAUUUCACUGGUCAAAGCAUUCCUCGAGCACAAUCCGUUCGCUGCCAAGUUAUCACUCGCGGAGUUACGCACCCAGUACGAGGAGGAGGAUAAGAAACUCCAAGACCUGCGCACACAACUGGUGGAACACGACACAAAAAUGAAGGCAGUCGAAGAGGAAUGGGAUGACAUUGUGGUGCAGAUGUACCCUACGGUUACGGAGCUAUUUGGUCAAGAGCCUGCUGAUAUCGAAACUGCAACGGAGGACGACGUUAAGAUUCUCUCCGAGAAAAUCAUUACACUGUUGAAAGAAGAAAACUAUCAGGAGUUGGUGCGGUUGGUGCAGCGCGCUGACUACGCGCUUGGUAAUACAGAGCAGCGCAAGGAGAUGAACUUCGAUCACCAGUGCGUUUACUACGUGGCGUUACUCAAGAACUACUUCAUUCAUGCCCAUACAAAUGCUGCACUGAAUGCCGAAUUCCAGGCCGUGGAACAAUCAGUCAACUUUCUGCACGAUUCCAUUCGCUUUUCAGAGCUGAUAUCGAACGCUGUUCCCAAGUUGCUCGAAAUGCUCAUGUCUAAAGCCCAGUCCGACGUGAACGGGGCAAUCGAUUUCUUCACAUCGGCGUACCUAUUUGGCAUCAAGGGUACGGAGCAGGGCAUGCAACAGAUGCUCUAUCUCGUGUGGUCUUCCGACAAAGACAAACGCGAAAACGUAACGGCCGCGUAUAAGCGAGUUCUGUUCGAAACUAACUUGCAGGGCCGCGCUCACACGGUGAAGGUCGUGCGAAACUUGAGCCAAUUCCUGGCCAAUCUUACUCGCGGCCACUACACCGCGAUGGAGGUGCUCGUACAUGAGUGGGUCGAAAACGGCGACAUUGAUACGCAAAUGAUACAGGUUCUGUUUGAAAUAUACACGAUGAAACUUGAAAAUGUUACACCAGAAGAAUCGCGGCAGGCGCUCCAACUGCUGGUGAUGGUGUCCGUAGCAAAGCCUUCAGUGGUUACGGCGAACCAGCGGCUACUCGAGACCAUUGGCUUUGAGGAGCGCGGACCACGUGAUCCGCGUAUUUUCGUUGCUACACUUGAGCUACUCAUAAACUCCAUCCCCCAGCCCACCAACAGUUCCAAGUACUACAAGCGGCUCGAUAGUUCGGCAACAAUAGCGCAACAGGUGAUAGAGCUAUUUACGAAGCUCUUUUUCUGUGCGAAGGUGGAAAACUUUGACGAUAUCGGAACGAAGGUGUUUGAUUUUAUCUACAAAAUGGUUAAAACACCCGACAUAGUCUCGCAAUCGAUCGUUGUGUCUCUUUACGAUCGAUUGCAAAAGUUUGCUGCUGAAACCCCGGCGCAAGGAUCAGACCCGUCAAGCGAAGAACAGCGCCUGUCUCAGAUGAGUCAGGAUUCGCCAGAGCAAAAUGUCAGAGCGUCACAGCAAAGCAGCACCCAAACCUCGGAGCAGAUGCUAUUAACUUUGCCACACUUUUUGGCAGCGCGAUUCAUUUUCACGAUCGGCUUUGUUGCGAUGCGUGAGAUGAUAUACCUCGACAUCGACGUGUACAGUAACAUGAAGUUUCGCCAGGAGCUGAAAGACGAGUUGAAGAAUAGGAAGAAAAAGAACGCCGCGCUUGCAAGCAACAAGGCGCCAAUGAAUUCUAGCGUUCUCGAAACCCCGACAAACAGAAGAAAAGCGCUCGGCGCUGCACACAACGUGUCGGCCAGUAAUGCACUGAAACGUCUCUCUGGAUCGACGACGGGAGGGCAAGAGCAUGUGGAACCUGAGGAAGAAUUGCUAAGCGGCGCUACGGCCGAAGAUGCCGUUGCCGAAGAAAUCAACUAUAUUUGCGAACAAGAACUUCUUUUCGCCAAGGAUAGCCUGUUGAAUCGAUUAAUUCCUACGGUCCUAGAAGUGUGCAAAUUUCCGAAUCGAUUCCGCAACGAGCUAGUUCAAAAGGCAGCCGUAUUGACGCUGAUCCGUUUGAUGGCGGUAUCGUCGAAGUUUUGCGAAGACAACAUGCCGUUUUUGAUGAAUAUCUUCAAGCACACGAAAAAUACAAAAAUCAAGUGCAACAUCGUAAUCGGUCUGUCGGACUUUACAUUUAGGUUUCCGAAUGUUAUCGAACCGUGGACUGAACACAUGUAUGCAACGUUGCUUGAGCAUGACGUUGAGUUACGACUUACGGCGGUCAAGAUGUUAUCACACUUGAUCCUUCACGAAAUGAUCCGCGUGAAGGGUCAAAUCUCUGGUCUGGCGCUUUGCAUCGUCGAUCCAGUGAAGGAGAUUCGCACUAUCACGGAACAAUUCUUCAAGGAAAUCGCGAACAAGUCGAACAUUCUGUACAAUGUUUUGCCUGACAUCAUAUCACGCUUAAGUGACCCGGCACUGCAGCUCGAAGAAGAAAAGUAUCACAUAAUUAUGCGGUACAUCAUCGGGAUGAUAAACAAAGACAAGCAAAUCGAGAGUUUAGUCGAGAAAUUGUGCUUGCGGUUCCGGGUAACGAACGAGGUUCGCCAGUGGCGUGAUAUAGCUUUUUGUCUGUCGUUGCUAUCGUACAAUGAAAAAACGAUCAAAAAGUUGAUCGAAAACAUCGGCUGCUUUAAGGAUAAGGUGCAGCACGAGGAGAUUUAUCAGGCGUUCCGGACGAUCAUUAGUAAUACAAGCAAAUUGGCCAAGCCGGAACUUAAGAGCGUUGUGGUUGAAUUUGAAACACGAUUGAACGAAUGUUUGGAAGUGCGCGAUGAGAACGGCGCCAGAGCAGCAGAUGCAGUAGCGUCAUCAGAUGAACUGAUUGGAGAAAGAGCGUCUACCUCGGGAUCAGGAGCGACGAGUGGCCAAAAGCGAGAUACGAGAAUAAGAAGCACUGGCAUGAAAUCGGCCGCCAACGUGGACAAAGCAAGCAAAAAGAAGGGAACCAAUGCCAAGGGGUCAACUGCAGGCCGCCGAACCACGGCACGACGUGGACGAAAGUCAGUCUCAUCCGACGAGGAAAGCGACAGCGAAGAGGAAAAUCAACCCCCCGCCGUGAGUUCGAGAGCCGCGGCCCGUGCUCGUCAGAAUAUGAAGAUUACCAAAGUCAUCGAAAGUGACAACUCAGAUGACGAGGAGGAAGAUGUGCCACCAAAACGCGGCAAAUCCAAACGGUAG